CGGGGAUGGCGGCCAAGGGCUCGUUGCAGCAGCCCCUAGAUGCGGCAUCGGCGGCCAGCACCCUACUGAAACGAGCAGUGGAAUUGGACUGUACUUCCCGAUACCAGGAGGCUCUGGUGUGUUAUCAGGAGGGUAUCGAUAUGCUAAUGCAAGUACUUAAAGGCACCAAAGACACUGCAAAGAAAUGUCACUUAAGACAAAAAAUUUCUGACUACAUGGACAGAGCAGAAGACAUAAAAAAGUUUUUGGAGCAAGAAAAAGAAGAUGGAAAAUACCACAAGCAAAUUAAAAUAGAAGACAAUGCAACAGGCUUUAGUUAUGAAUCACUUUUUCAACAAUAUCUUAAUGCAGCUGUUACUGAAGUCUGGAUAGAAGAUCCUUAUAUUAGGCAAACUCACCAGCUAUACAACUUCCUUCGAUUCUGUGAGAUGCUUGUUAAGCAGCCAUGUAAAGUGAAAACUAUUCAUCUUCUUACUUCUUUGGAUAAAGGCAUUGGGAAUAGUCAGCAGACCAGUGGCCUGGAAGAAAUAAGAGAGUCACUUAGUAAGCAUGGAGUAGAGCUGGAAAUACAAUUCUCUUCUUCAAUUCACGAUCGAGAAAUUAGGUUCAACAAUGGAUGGAUGAUUAAGAUUGGAAGGGGACUUGAUUAUUUUAAGAAACCACAGGGACAUUUUACACUUGGGUAUUGUGAUUUUGACUUGAGACCGUGUCAUGAAACAACAGUGGAUAUUUUUCAUACUAAGCACACAAAGAAAAUAUGAUGACUUAUCUCAGACCUCAUGUUUUAAAAGUAUAUUUUAAAUGAAUAUUGAAUUUUAAAUACUUUUUAUAUAAUAAUCAUUCCUGUACAUGAAAAUGUGUAAAGUAGUAAAUUUAAUUUUAUAUUUCUA